AUGCAGCAUCAUUUGGACAUUGGGGCGCAUUACUAUGCUCCGGAGGCUCCGCUACACGACCACAGGACUCACCGCUACAGGAGUUUCAUGAUAGAGGAGAUCCUGACCGACCACCCGGAGCACAAAGCGUCGGCUCCGGCCGGGGAGCUGCUUAAAUUCGGGGUGCAGGCUCUCUUGUCCGCCCGGCCUUUCCAUAACCAGCUGGUCCUAAAAGCCGACCAGACGAGCCUCCUCAAGUUCCCCAUGUCCCCGCUGUCCUGCUCGCUCGGCUCCCCGCUCGGCGCCCAGCUGCUGUCCGCGGCGUCGGGCCUGCAUAUCGGCGGCCCGGCGUCUCACCACCUGCCGCUGGACCUGCACCUCCGCGGGAAGCUGGAGCACGGGGCCGACGGAGGCGGCAAGAGCAAGAAGGGCCGCCGGAGCCGCACCGUGUUUACCGAGCUGCAGCUCAUGGGGCUGGAGAAGCGCUUCGAGAAGCAGAAAUAUCUGUCUACGCCCGAUAGAAUAGACCUGGCUGAGUCUCUGGGCCUCAGUCAGCUGCAAGUGAAAACAUGGUACCAGAACAGACGGAUGAAAUGGAAGAAAAUUGUGUUGCAGGGCGGAGGCCUGGAGUCCCCCACCAAGCCAAAAGGCCGCCCGAAGAAGAACUCCAUCCCCAGCAGCGAGCAGCUCUCCGAACAGGAGCGAACCGCUGCCGACCGGCAGUCCGAAGGCUCGAGCUCCCACUCGGAGAACGCUCAGGAGGAGUGA